AUGCCGAAAAUCAAAGUCACAACUUUAAACUACUAUAAGGUGUUGGAAGUUAAUGCGAAUGCAGAUGAGAGAGAAAUCCGACAAGCCUACAAGAGGUUAGCUUUAAAAUGGCACCCAGAUAAAAAUCGGGGUAAUUCAAACAAGACCGCCGAACUAAAAUUUAAGGAGAUAGCCGAAGCUUAUGAAGUUUUAAGUGAUAAAAAUAAACGGUUUGAAUAUGACAAUAGAGGAAGGCAAUAUAAAUAUGAAAAUGAGGAAAAUGAAUGGGAAGAAGACGGGGAAGACGAAUGGGAAGACGACGAUGAAGACGAAUCGGAAGAAGAAGAAGACGAAUGGGAAGUAUACGAAGAAAACGAAUGGGAAGAAAAAAUGCAAGAAAAAGAACAACGAGAAAGAAUAGUCCGGGAAAAAAGAGAAAAAGAAAUUAACCAGCAAGCCGAACAUAGAAUGAGUUUGCAUGACGUGAGGUGUUAUUGUGAUGAACCAGCAAUAAAACGUCAAACCCAAAAAGAAAAUGAAAAUUAUGGAAGAUUUUUUUAUUGCUGUAGUCAACAAGCUACCUGUAAUUAUUUCGUUUGGGAAGACGAGUAUCAAGUUAAAGCCAAGUGUUACUGUGGUGAGUACGCAAUAAAACGUAAAGUAAAAAAGGACAAUAUGAAUCAUGGAAGGUUUUUUUAUUGCUGUGCUGAUUAUCAGGAUAAAUGUGAUUAUUUCAUGUGGGAAGAUGAAUUUCAAUCAGUCUUUAAAUGUUUUUGUAUGGAAUAUGCCGUUAAGCGUAGG